UCAUAAACACGAUGUGACGUCACGGAACUUCCCCUUUCACCUGGCCGCCCUGUUGCCUUGUCACCACCUUACUUCCGGGUUCAUUCCUCAAGCCUUUGUGUGCUUGUUGUGGCAGUCUUGGGGACAAGAGAGGGUAUCAGUCUUACCUUAAGCGACUACACAGGUUCACACAAGCAGUUACCACGUCGUGAGCCUCUGUCCAGAAUAACGUCUGACACUUCGACAGUGAAAGGCAGGUACCACCUGUGCAGAACUUGGCCAAGAUGGCGGCCGAGAGGACGGUGAUGGUGUCAUCCAUCCCUGCGGACCUGACAGGGGACAAGAUAGAGAUCCACUUCGGUAAGAGGAGUACCGGCGGAGGGGACAUCGAGAAGGUCGACUUCCAGGCCAAGGUCACGUUCUAUUCUGCUGAAGUGGCUGCACGUGUUGUGAACCGCUCGCACCGUCUGGGGAAACAGUCUGUCCCCGUGAAGGUAGAGUCGCUCGCGGGGACAAAAAGUACCAGUCUGGGGGCAAAGAAAGGCAACAGACUCACGAAAAAGGUGUUCGCCUCAGUAGUCGCACUGGUGACCCCUGCAGAGGUCCCUGACCUGGCCGAAUGUCCGGAGGAGAUCAUGGCCGCGCUGUCCGCACAGACAGGCGUCACGUGGGUCCGUGAGCCGGGCGGGUACAGGCUGCAGGGCACCUGGGGACAGGUGGAGAACGCACGGUGCCUUCUACAACGAAGAUAUUUCCAGGACGACGAAACCAUGGAAGAGGCAGUGGAGAGCGGACAGACAUGUAGGAACAAUGGUGUUGGAGAGGAGGACCGCGCCAGUUCUCGAGAUGCAAUGUCGACUGAAGCAAAGGUUGCAUGGGGAGAGGUUGAGCAGCAGAACUCUAUGGCGGUGCCUAACACAAAGGUGGGGAUAUGGUCGGAGGAGCCUAACAGCGCAGCGACCACAAAAGAAAAAGUGUUGCCGGUAGAUGUCACGACAGAGGUUGAUGCGGAAGAAGCAGUAAAAGUGUUGACAACAGCAACACAGAAGUCAACCAGAGCAAACGUAGUCCUUGAAAAUUCACUGUCAUCUGAUGAGUCGUCUGAUGAUGGCAUGGGCGACAAAAGGGGAAAUUGUUGGAUAUCUCAUCCAACAGCAGCAGAAAGGGAAUCCUUGUCAGACACAAGUGCCGACGCCUCCGUGGCGGUCAUUGAGAAUAAAGCAUCAGCAGAAUCGGCAAGUGAAAUAACCAAAACUACACGACAGCCUAGUGUGCUUACAGCGAAGGACUAUCAAUUGAACCGUGACGAUUCGUCUGAAGAGUCCGAUGAUGCAAUGCGGCCUGUCACGAAAUCGUCCGCCAAACACGUAACUGUGGAUUCUGAUAUCAUGGCAUACAUCGUCCACAUGCACAAAGACAAGCUGGCCGCUAUUCAAGACAAGUUCAAAGUCAUGAUUAAGAUGGAGAACAGUACAGAUCGCAUUGGUAUCAAGCCUAAUGAACAAUGCUCCCGCCGUGAUCUGGAAGAAGCGUAUGGAACCUUCGUAUCCUUGUAUCAAGAGAUGUUUAAGAACCAUCGUCCCCACCAUGCGAAUCUAGCAGAGGUUCACAUCCCCAUAGAAAGCAUACGAUUUGUUCUGGAAAUGAUAAAACGAGAACACGACAAAGUUUUCAUCAGACUGAACGACAAGGAAAAAAUGGUAGUAUUUUGUGGUGAAGACGACAUGGUGAGAAAGGCAAGGGCUAAGUUCUAUGAAGUUCUCAGCAUACCCGAUCCAGCGCAUAGACGGAGCAGGCGACCGGCACAAACCACAGAUGCAUCUACAGCACCUGCCAACGAUGCCACCACAUACAAGGGUGCAAACAAUGGACCGCAAGCGUACCGGGCAGCAGUGGCAGACAGUCUUGGCGUUGGUUUUGACACAAAGAACAUCGGCUUCGAGGGAAGGAACGUUUCCAAGUGGGACAAGAUCGCACAAAGCCAUUCUGGCUUUGAAGCCGACUCCACGGGAAGCGGAGAUGUACCGGAGGUGACUGAGGGUGGCACCAGCAAUGUAGGUGCACGUUCAAAGGGCGUGAGGUCUAAACUGUUGGCACAAGGAAACAGCCCUAUUGAUAGCAUACAACCCAUCACAGCGUCAGCAAGUCGCAGUGACCUGAGCGCAGACGGUGUGAAGGCCGGACGUUCAGGAGGUACUGCUGACAAGGAAGGUCCGCCCGGAGAGAUCAAGACAUGUCACAUGUCACGGGGUAGGCUGGAAUUCAUGACGAAAACCGGAGUCAAAGUGUUCAUAUACCAGGGGGACAUUACACAGGAAGUGGCAGAUGUCAUCGUGUCCUGUAACAACGAGAGUCUGGACAGUGCGGGAGGCAUUGCUAGGGCGAUCAGUGACGCAGGAGGACCAGAGAUCAGGCGGGCCUGUGUGGACUACAUCAGGAGGCAUGGGCGUCUGUCGGCAGGACAGUCUAUCUGGACUCCCGGAGGCCGACUGCGCUGCCAGCAUGUCGUGCACACUGUGAGUCCACAGUCGUCACGUGACCAAACCGACCAUCGGCAACUGUUCUCCACCUUCCUGGAUCUCCUAAACAUCGCCGAGUUUGAUCUGAAGGUCAACUCCAUCGCCAUACCAGCAAUACGUUCAGGUAUUGCCGGAUUUCCCAAAGCGGUGUGUGCCGACGUCAUGUUUCGCGUCAUCUCUGCGUUCGAAGAUUAUCAGACGCCUGACAGUCUCCUGAAGGAAAUCCGUCUGGUCAACAUUGACGCCAAAACGACGGCGGCGUUUGUCCAGGUGUUCUCUCAACACCUGGCCGACAGUGGCGUUUUGACAGCUUUGGUGGGUCAAGGAGCUGGGUCUUCAAGUGCGUCAGGUGCAGGAGACAAAGACGCUCACCUGUACGUCUUUACUGGCGGCAAAGGGAAAGAAGGGCGUGGCGGCAAAACGGGGUCUGUGACCCAGCGAGGAGCGCACGCACGUAGCCGUGAUUAUAGCGGGAGUAAACCAAAUUACGUUAGAGUGGGGAAUGUGGCAUGCAACUUCAACACGGAAGAGAACACUCAGUCUCAUCGUGGACAUGUGAGGAAUCUAGCUGCCACCGCGGCUGACUUCAGCGAUGACUCAUCAGAUGAAAUCGAGGAGGACGAAAAAUGCCCCGUCUGUCUGGGGAGAGUCAGUGAUCCGCGCACGCUGGCCUGUAAGCACACGUUCUGCAGUUCCUGCAUUGACAUGUCCAUCAAGUCCAAACCGGAGUGCCCUGUCUGCAAAGUGCCUCUCGGAAACAGGAGAGGAAACCAGCCAGACGGCAGCAUGGUGCACAGAGUGGACCAGAGUGUCAGACUGCCUGGGUACGAGAGGUACGGAACCAUCGUCAUAGACUACCACAUCCCGGGCGGCACACAGGGGAAAGAACAUCCUAACCCGGGACAACGCUUCAGUGGUGACAUGCGCACUGCCUACCUACCUGAAAGUCCCGAGGGCAGGGAGGUGCUUCGUCUGCUCAGGAGGGCGUUCGACAGUCGGCUCGUCUUCACCAUUGGCACGUCUGUGACGACAGGACAGCCCAACACCAUCGUGUGGAACGACAUUCACCACAAGACCAACAUACACGGAGGACCCACCAACUAUGGCUACCCUGAUCCGACUUAUCUACAGAGAGUCAGAGUUGACCUGGCAUCAAAAGGGAUCAAGUAAGAAUAAGGAACAUGUUACAAAUCCCCAAAGUCCUGCAAUGAUCAAAUAGUAUUUUUGUCAAAAACUCUUUACAUUGACCCUACUCUCAGAUUUUAGUACACAUGUACACUUUGGUGUAGGACCUAGACAUUUUGGGUAAAAAUAGUCAAAAAUUAUUGAAAGUGGGUGCUCAGUCAAAGCACAAGGGACACACAUUGAAGCUUAUAAACUUAUAAACUACCUGUAUUAUCAUUUUAUCAUUACCAUAUGUAGAAUUUUUAUUGAUGCAAGGGAAAUCACUAAUUUGUACAGUCAACUACAAAUUAGGAAAUAGAAAUACAAAAUAAAUCUUGAAAUUUUACUCUCUAGGUAACAAUGGUUAACGUGAGUAAACUUGUGAUAUAUUGAUUGUUCAAUCAGGAGUGACCAAUUGUGGGUUUCAGUAUCUUUCAGCAGUAUUGCAUGUAUUUGCCUAUACACGUAUUUGCAUUUGGAUAUGUAUUAAAAUCUGCUGAUGCCAAUGAGUCUCUUGACAUUUGUUAUACUUAGUUUAACUAUAAAUGCAAAGAAAUGUGAAUAACGUCUUAUGUAGAGCAUACUGACUAAGCGGCCUAAUCAGCAUAGAGAUGCUUGAGAGAGCAUCCUAGAAGGCGAUGUGAAGACUAUAGCUGACAGCUGUAAUCAAAUACUUCUUCUGCUUGCAAAAUGUAAUACCAAAUUUUCAAGUAAGUUCGUGAAGUCUGCAAAGCAGAUUAUAAGAAGUAAGAUCAUGACCACUUUCUGACAUAUCAUCUUUUUGUGACCAAAGCCUUCUUGUGUCAAGCACUUGAAGAAUUGAAUUCAAUAUAGAGACAAAAUUACUGUUCACAGUGUCAUGUAGCUUUAAAUUUAGUUGAGUACCUCUAUUGUCUUACAAUAUGAUAUGGAUAUUGUAUAUUUGCCAGAAAGUGAGAACGUCAUUUCGUGAUGUCUUGUUUGAUUCGCUUGCCUUGCAAAUGGUGCUUCUAGCUCUGAAUAUCUAAUCUCUAUCAAGGAUCAUUAUACGAGAAAUAGAUAAAGAAAUAAAACGUUAUAGUAACAUCUCAAAGGACAGAAAUAAUGAUAUGUGGUCCCCUAAAAUAACA